AUGGCUGCAGCCCAUGGAAGGGAGUUCCUCCUCACCCUCCUCAGUGAACUCUCCUUACUCAUCUUACAAGAGUUCAGUUGCCAAAUCCGCCUAUUCAUUCAUGGUGGUGCAGUGACCCUAUGCUGGCCCAUGGGCUACAACACCUACAAACCCCAGCAAGCGCAGGAACUACGAAACCAUAUCCACAACGCAGUGCACCAUCUGCAAAAGUUAUCUGACACUUUGCCAGAGGAGUCAUCCCACAUGGCGCUGAGCCAAUCAGCCAUGCAGUCGCCUCCUGUGGCAUCAACCACACGCUCUCCUGCUGCACUCUCCUUGUUGCAUACAAUGUCAAGCAGCUUAGCCCCACACUCGUUCUCACAGCUGGCGUUGGCGUCCUCGUUGCAUUCUCUUUACAUGUUGUCCCACAGUGUUUCGCCUCCUGCAUUUAUGGGGGAGUGUAUGCGCCAGUCAUCGACGACCUCUGCACGACAUCAGACCUUUUCACCCGUCUUCGCAUCUUCACCCGCCCUCGCAUCUUCACCCACCCUCGCAUUCUCACCCAACCUCACAUUCUCACCCUCUUGCAAGAUGCUGCAUCAUCCCCAAGGAAUGCCCACACUACCAAGAUUGAAUACAUACAGUGAAUCAGGUACAUUUUAUGUCCUCCAUAUCCAACUCUUCUUUGAUCUCUCCUUUGGCACACUCCAGCGCUCCUCCCUCACCGAGCCUCCAAGUGCUUCGACACCCUCUCACCAGAUGCUGCCCUAUGCCUUCACCUUCGCCAAUUUUAGCACCAGAUGCUGCCCUACACCUUUGCCUUUGCCAAUUCUAGCACCAGACAGUACCACUCAACCUGUCGCCUCAAGCGAUGCAGUAUUGAGCAGCUGUGGCAUCCUCGUUGCAUUCUCUUUACAUGUCGUCCCACAGUGUUUCACCUCCCGCAUUUAUGGGGAGCGUAUGCACCGGUCAUCGAUGACCUCUGCACAACAUCAGACCUUUUCACCCAUCCUCACAUCUUCACCCGUCCUCACAUCUUCACCUGCCCUCGCAUCUUCACCCGCCCUCGCAUCUUCACCUGCCCUCGCAUUCUCACCUGCCCUCGCAUCUUCACCCGCCCUCGCAUCUUCACCUGCCCUCGCAUUCUCACCUGCCCUCGCAUUCUCACCUGCCCUCGCAUCUUCACCCACCCUCACAUUCUCACCCGGCCUCCCAAUCUCACCCGGCCUCGCAUAUUCCCCGCCCUCGCAUCUUCACCCGCCCUCGCCUUAG